UCCUCCCCUCCUCCCUUCCUCCUCGCAGAGCACUCAGACGGGUUUGCUGACUGGAAACAGUCGUUAGAAACGCUUGGAGGGAGGGAGCGCCCUUCUGGAGCAGCAACAGGAAAGGAGUUUCAUUUUUUUUUUUGCCUGCGAGAUUGUUCCAUCGCAGUAGCUUUUUUAUGCAAGUCCAGAGACAAAGGAAGACAGGACUAAAUUGCCCUGGAGCUCAAAGCUGAAAUAAGAGGCUUUGGGAGACUCGUGGUCAGCUCAACGUCAUCGCGUUUUUGCCGUUUCCUUUUACGCGCAAAGCUGUGCAAAAUUCUUUUGGAGACAUUGUCACUGUGUCUGAUUUUUUUUUUUUUUAUAACUUUCUGCUGCGUCUUAAAUGAGACAAUAUAUAGACUGCCUCUGGGUCUAAGCCUAAACCGUUUAUUGCCAAAUAUAGUCUGUUAAUGCUGGAGCGUACUUGACGGAGCGGUCCUACAGUGGAUAUUUGCAGCGCUGCCAAAGUUUAUAAUUAAGGAGAAGCUCAGACCAUUUUGAGUCUCCCAGGCCUUUUUCCAUCACGAUCUGUUGGAAUUUGUGGCUCGGCCCCUUCGACGUGAGGUUUGAGUUUGUGCGUUACCUUAGUAAGUUGGCGGGGCUCGCCUCAGAUUUUAGUACCAUUGUGAACUGCGGUCUGCCUAUGUAAUGUAAAAAAUCUCCCGUCGCUUUGUGUGCUGUCAACAGAAGCCAUUUUUAAAUCUUUGAUUUACAAGCCAGUGAGAAUCACGUCGACACACGCUUCAGGUUGCCUAUCUCGUGUUUGUUACAACGUUUUAGCUAAUAUAAACAGAGAUUUUUUUCAUUCUUAAAUAUCCGACAAUGAGUUUUUACGCGUCUGGCUCCAAGCGCGGCGAGCGCGGCACGCUCUUGUUUUUGUUCUCCACGGUUGUGCUGGUGCUCGGUUUCGCGGCGCGCUGCUCCGGCGAGGCCACGCCGUCGAUGGAGAGCCCGAAGCCAGCUUCGCAGGCGGUCACCCUCCGCACUCUGAUCACGGGAACCUGCGAGGAGAUCCACCGAUACGUGGAGUCUGUGGUGGGAACCAGCGUGAUCCAGUCAGCCGUGGAGCGUGCGGUGUUGUUUCUUGAGUCAUUGCUUGGUCGGGAGAACGUCUAUACCAUGGCCAUGUGUGUACAGAUGGUGAUCCGGUUCCUGGCUGAAGGAGCUGCCAGCGGCCUGAAUGUCAUCGCUGUUUACGUCACAGAGAUCCUGAGGGUCACAGGAGUUGAUGUCACUCUGCCGUUCCCCCGCUUCACCCCUGAGGGUGUGACUGCUGUCGCCCAGUGGGGUCUGCUGGCCCUCAUUGGCUACUGGGUGCUGAGCAUCCUUCUCGUUCUGCUGAUCGGCGUGGUGAGGCGCGUCUUCUGGAUGGUGAAGACCGUCCUGUCGCUCUGGCUCUUCGGACUGAUUGUGAGCGACAGCGGUGCCACGGUGGACACCACGGCAGUCCGGCUAGGAGGCCUGGUGCUGGGAUGUGUCCUGCUGAGUCUCGUCACCUGCAGCUCAGAAAAGACUUUGGCGGUGGAGACCCGGCUGAUUGGCCUCGAGGGCCGGCUGAAGGCCAUGGAGAGGAAGAAGGGGGAAGAGUGACGCGACUUGGUGAAGGUGGAGGGAAAGGAGUUAAAAUGGACAAGGGUGAUGGUGUUGUUGGUUAAAGCAGUGUCACUGUUGAUGGUCUCUGUGUGUGUUUGACCGUUACAGAAAAUAAAGUAAUCUCUGGGAUUUUU